GAAUCACGCUUGAAGCGAUACAUCAAAGCUUCUUUUCUCAAUCGCCGAUCAAAGAACCGCCAUGGACGGCCUAAUUCCUAUGGCGUAUCGUGCCCUCAAGAGCUACAAAGCUCAUCGCGGCUACAAGUGCCUCUCCACCGCCGCCGCCGCCGCCGCCGCUGAUGAUCUCCACCACAGCGCCGACAACAACACCUCCUCCAGCAAGAGAGUUGGGUUCUUCGACAACCGUGAGCAAAAGCUACUCGAAGAAGGGCGUCGCCGCCGGCAGAGCUGCGAGAAAGCAGCCGCAGGAGAUCCGGCAGAAGCGUAAUAGAGAGCAGUCGUUGUUCGUUCCAUCGAUGUAGAGGUUAGCGAAAGAGCUAAACCCAGCAAAAAAAAAAAAAAACAUAAUAAAAGAAAGAACUCGGAGAGUCUUGCACUCUCCCGUGGACUAGUCCCGAUUUUUUUCGGGGAAACCACGUAAAAAUUGUUUGUGUCGUGUUUGUUUAUAUUUUUUGUUUUUUCGAUUUUGAUCGGUUCGAUAUAAUUAUCAUAGUAGAAUAGAUUAUUGGAAAUCUAACUAAUCACAAGAUGAUAGAAAAUUUGAGGAACAAAUUGACGGGUUAUAAUAUAUUCAUUUAAGUGAACGUGCCCAAAUACACCUACAAUAUGUAUGAGCAUGUUUAUUUAGAGAUCGACUUUGGGGCAAGACAUCUUUUACUUCUAGAUGAACAUACAUAUCCUAUUUUAAAUGUCAAUCUCUAACCAUCAACCGCCGCUCCAGAAAAGAACCCCGCCCCGCCGGCUCAGAUUUCGUGGACGCUGUCUCUAAAAUUAAUUCAAAUUCGAGCGCUUCAGAUUCUUCAUCCGUUGAAAAUAUGUCGUAGCCAGAACCCAUCUCUUCUUCUUCCUCCUCCUCUGGACUCUCAGUAGUAUCAUCAUAACCAUCGUCGAUGAACUUCGCGUUGCGAUUUUUAACCUCCGUCAGUUUUUCGAUCAGGGAACGAUCGAAGAAGUCCCAACCGUACUGCAUCUAAUUCAUCUCCCUGGAAAUUCUCCAUCGUUCAGAGAAAAAGCUUCGUAGACCGUGAAUUUCACAAUCCUGGGUUCUUCCACGAAUCCAGUCAUCACUUCCCUAGAAGAGAUGAAGUCGUACUUAUUAUUAUUACCAAUUUCCCCCGAUGGAACAGUAGUGUCCAAUUCAGCAAUAGUACUCUCCAAUACGCCAACUUUACACCCAUCAGAAUCUUUUUGUUCGUCACGAUGAAGUAGAGCUUGGUAAUUAUCGUCCUUCUUCUCCUCCUCAGAAUGAUUCUUCCAGGGCGAACGGCGGCGACGGGGUGAGAUUUCUUUCCUUCUGGCGACGGACUUCUAGGGCGAACGGCGGCUGACACUUAGGGAUUAGGGCGAGCAUGUUGGGAAUUGGGAUGGGAGCGACCAUUUUAGGACUUGGGGUAGGAUCGUCCGUUUGGUUAAUUUAGAGCGACAAAUUUAAAAAAUUAGGUCGUUAAAUAGGAAUUUAGUUGGUUGAGAAAUAAUCAAAUGUAAAACAAAAGGAAGAGGGAGAAAUUCGAAAUCAUGGGUGCUGCCGCCAGAUGGUUGGAGGAAUACGUGGUAAAAAGUAGGGCUGGAUAUUUGGUCCAGAUUUUUUGGUUUUACCCAAAAUCGGACUGUAUAACCCGACCGGGACUGGAUAGUAAACAAUCCAAUUCAAUCUUUAGGUUUAGAUUUAAGGUAAAAAAACCGUUCGAGAUCGGAUAGAAAACUGGAUAAAGACUGGAUAAAAUCAAGACCGAAUUGGGACCGGAUCGGGUCAAGACCGGACCGUAUCAAGACCAAACUGUAUCCAAUCCAAUCUUUGGUCCUUAUAUUUUCGAAAAGACUGGACUGAGACCGGACCGCACCGUAUAGCCACCCCUAGUGAAAAGAGGAUCAUGGGUGAUUGUGUGAUAGAAUCAAAUUGUCUCUUCACCAUCUCCCAGCUUCAUAAAGGAGAAAGUGAGAAACCGUCGGGCCGGGUCGACCGGAUGAAGUGAAAAAGUUGGGUCGGGUAGAUUGGGCAUUUGCGGACCGAGAGCGCAACAAGGCGGCCGCCAAUAUCUUUUGUGAAUGUGAAGAUGAAGAAAUCUGCUAUGUGAAUCGAGUGCGAGAUUCAUGCCCUUCUUUUCUGCAAAACACUCGAUAGGCUUUUGGGUAACUAGCAGUUAGGGUUUUGAUGUUGUAUAGAAGAAGAGAAACAAAGUGAUAUAUGAGAA